UAUGCUUCAGAAAUGGGAAUGACUUUUAGUUUAGCCCUUGGCAACGCAGACGCUCGUUGGCACGCUGGAGCAGUGCAAUAAUUGAAUAACAUGGGUUUCUAAAUUUAUUUUGCGACGCUCGCGCACGCAACGUGUCCGGUCUGGUCAGCAUGUAAGGGGCAGUGUUUGCUGCAUUUACACAGGAGUUUUGGUGAUAUAAGCUUCGGAAAUUAUGCCGUGGUUAUGCUUAUUUAUUAUUUAAAAUGUUUAAGCUAUUGUAUAUAUUUGGUACGGUCACAUAAAAUGUGAUAAUUUCGAGCAUGUAGUAUUUCGGAACGUUGUGGCUUUAGCACCCAUUUCUGCGGGGUUUAUUAUUUGAAUGCAACUUUGGUACGUCAGUGUAUUUUGUCCGUGUACUCGACGGUACUUUUUGUUUACAAAAUGGCGGACUUCAGAACUUCUACCCUCGAUUACUUUCCAGAGAACAUUUUAAUUGAUAUUUUAUCAUAUUUAGGUGUGCGAGAGCUCAUCCGAUCAGGAAGGGUGUGUAAGAGAUGGAGACGUCUUGUAAAAGACCAAAGAUUAUGGCGAGUUGUUGAUCUAACUGCAUGGAAAGGGGUGACAUCGCGCAUGCUGUGGGUUCUUCUACGCCAGUAUCUGGGCACUGGGCUCCGAUGCCUACGGCUGCGUGGCUUGCUGCUCUCUGCUAGAGGUGGGGCCUUUCUCUCAGAGUCCUGGCUCAAGGCUUUGUCCUCCAGGUGUCCCCGUCUGCGUAGUCUUUCCCUGCUGCAUGCAGACCUGAGAGGCUUGCACAGUUGCCAGCUCCUGCCCACAACACUGCAGGUCCUAGAGUUGCGUGGCUGCGAGCUACCACAGGGCUUUUUCACCCAGACCCCACUCAGUCCUGAGAAACAAGCUGGAAUGGCAUCAACCGCUGCUACUCAGCAACAGGGACGUGUUCAAACUGGGAAAGUGCCUGCCUCCACAUCAGGGAUUGCCAUUGAGACGAUGGUCCUUGACAACGUGCCCUCCUUCACAGACCAGCACCUGCAGAGUCUGGCGUCUUGGUUGAGGCUUAGCCGCCUAGAGCUCCGCAACGUCCUUCGUGUCACCGCAGAAGGCCUUAGGCGCAGUGCCGCCCAAGAAACCGACUCAGGCUUAAAUGGGCUCUCCAGGCUCAAGUACCUGGAGAUAGGGCACUUUGGGCGGCCGGGCGCCCAGCUGCAAAUGGCCUCCCUGGGGCUCGGAGUGGGCUGGCUGGGCCUAGAGGAACUAAGCCUUGGCGGUAAGGAGGUGGGACCAGGCCUGCUGUCCGCCAGCCGUCUGAGGGACCUGAAGCGCCUGCGCCUGAGAUGCUGCAAGCUGAGAGAGAUGCAGGUGCUACGUAGCUGCAGGACACUGCGGGACCUGCGCAGGUUGGAGUUCUGUGAGGUGUUCUUCCAGGUUUGCCCAAAGACACCAGAGAGAGAGGGGGAGGUGGAGAGGCAAGGAGAGGGUGAGGAGGGGAGGGAGGGUGGCAGAGAUAGUGGUGAUGAUAAACUGGAGGAGAAUGACCCCGUGCCAAGUCUGCGCCGCUCACUUGCUGCUCUGCUGCCACAAUGUGCACUGGUGUUCACCAACUGCACCGUUACAAUAACCUCAGACUAGAUUACAUACUGGAUAUGUUACACAUUUGGUCCCUUAUUCUACUGUUGUAAAACAUUCCUCUCAAUUCAGCCUGUUGCAAACUCAUGCUUUACCUUCAUUCACAUAUGUAAAAAAAUAUAUAAAAAAAAAUAGAAAGCUGCAACAAUUUUAAACUCGCUUACAGCUAUGCUAUUGAACAAAGGGACGGUUCCUGUGACGCCCAUUAAACCAUUAUGAGAGGUUUGCUGUAUUCCCAUCAACAAUGGAGAAGUGGUGGUUCCUCUUUUAGUCUAAAUGUGUGUAAGGAAGUGGUUCAACUUAAAAGCUUGUUUUAAUUGUACACCAGAGAAGCAUUGCAGUGACCAAUAAAUUAUGACUUCAAUCAUGUACUGUAACGGACCUGCUACAGCCAUCGGAUGUCCAGCACUGCCAUCAGCCAUUGAGGGAAUUCUUCCUUUGAAAACAUUGAAACCUGCUGUACUGCUUGCGUUGUCUAAUGGCAAGCUCAAUAAUUGCAGAGGUUCUGUUCUCGGCGGCUGAUGUGUGCAUUCAUUCUAUCUUGAUUUUGGUUGGUUUCUGUGUAGCAGGUAGGACGUCACAUUGAGGGGGGUUAAAUAACAGCUUGGACAGUUAUCUGUCAGUUGCUGGUAUUAUGCAAUUUCCAAACCUAUUGCAGUUAAAAUUUGCUGUAGCUCACUAUGUUUUGCUAACUGGAAAAAUACACGUAUCCCCACUUGAGUUGUGUGAUUCUCCAAAGCAGUAUGUUAUCUGUAUUAAUUACGAGAAAGUAGAAAUGAAAACUGUUAUAAGCUUUUUCCAUCAAGAAACAAACUGUGGUAAAUAAAAAUGGCACAAUGUAUUUUA